AUGGUGCGCGUGCCCGGAUCUCUUGGGGACUCCGGAUUGCACCGUGAGCCCGUAGAAGAUGCGCAAGUGAAGAAAGAACCAGGGGAAGAGGCGUCGUCGGAUAUCGGAUCGACGAAGACGCUGCUGAACAAAGCGAGAUCCGCGGAUCGACAGAGUGCUCGGAGGACUUCUGUCGACGGAAUCGAGGGCGAUCUGGAGACAGAUCUAGAAGACAAACCUCAACAUCCACCCCAGGUCCCUUCGGGGACCCCGGUGGAUCUUGGUGCGAACCGAGAUUCACUAACAAAACAAACUAAGGCGGGAUCGGACCGAUACGCGUUCGCUGACUCGCCGAUCAGGCUCGAUCCGAGCUACCUGGACGCGAUCGCGGACAAGGACCAGAUCGUGAGGAAGAAGCUGAGAGCGCCAGGCUUGGACGACGAAGAUCCCAGACCGUCGGCGCUCGACUGGUCUGAGGCUGACCUGGAUCGUCAGUAUCACUUGAAGGAACUGCGAGACUUCUUGCGUCAAGAUCCUGUCAUGGUGAUCGUGCGGCCAGAGCAGAUCGACGACCCGAAGGGCCCGAUUUCGCCCCCCCGAGUGACGGAUAACAAGCUGAUGGCGGUGAAGAACCUGCUCGGGCUGUUGAAGGAAGCCGGCUUCGUGGCUGGCACCUUUGAUGCGAACGAUCUUUUCGAUCAAGAUCUCGAUGUGACACGGAGCCAGCGUCAGGAACGUAUGCGAUCAGGACCUCGGAAGCAGAAACCCAAAUCGACCGAUCGGACCACCAGUGCAACCGGAUCAGAUGAGUCGAAUGGCAGACUGGAGUCUUACUUUCAGGCUGCGAUGGCCCGAUUUCUGAAGGAACAACAGGCCACGGUGGUAACACCUACUCCAGCGGUCGACGACGACGUUGGAUCGCGGGACGUCGAGAUGGAGUCAGCCGGAUCACCGGAUCAUGAUCUCUCUCAGUGGGAAUACGAUCCGGACGACAUCGAUCUACCGAGUUCAGCCCCUGCUGCGGUGGCCACCGCUGCCUCGGGACUCACUGGGUCCUCAUUGAUCCAGCGUGUGCGAAUUUCGGCGAUGUCCGAUCUUAAGGAGUUCAGUGGCAAGGAUCAGGACGAAGACCGCGCCCGAUCGUGGAUCAGCAAGGUGAAGUCGGCGUUCCUGCGAGAUCAGGCUACGGAAGAAGAGAAGUGCCUGACCUUCGCUGAUCUACUGGCGGGCCCGGCGAAGAACUGGUACCGCCAGCUGGGCCGAUCGACGCGGAACAAGUGGAGCGAUCUACUCCGGAAUUUCCAGAUCCAGUAUUGUGGCCUGGGAGUAUCAGUCGCCUGGCAGUAUUACCAUUCUCGCAAGAGAUAUGAUGAAUCGCCGUUGGAGUACCUCAAUCGACUGAAUGUGGCGGCUCUGCGUGCGAGAUUGAAGAUCAAGGACGGAGAUUCCAAGGCCCGCCGAGAACAUGCCGAACACUUUAUCGAGACGCUGGGCGAUCCGGAACUGGCCGAUCGGCUCACCUUACUCCGGCUUGCGGACGCAGAAGAUCUGGAGGAAGUCCUGCGCGCUCGAGAGCGCGCGAAGAGCAGACAGAAGCGAUCUGCCUUUGGAUCGAAGUAUCGUCAGAAGGUUCCGACGUCAGCACCAGCUGCUGCAACCAAACGGGCAGUGCGUGCAGUUCAGAUCGCGAGCCAGGAGUCUGGAUCGGACACGGGAUCAGACGGGUCGGACUCGGAGGGUGAUCUACGUCGCGUUUACCUAGCGUCGGCCGAGGACAAGUCUCGCAACGCUGGGGGUGACGCGACGAAGCCAGAUUGA